ACCGCUUAAAAUUCAUCUGAGCGAAGGACGACCAAAUCAUUAAACGGGCAUUAGGGUUUAAUAAAAUCGCAUAACGAAAACCCUCUAGGGUUUUAGAAGCAGCUGCUUUUGGUUUUCAGUAUUUUCUCCCAUCAAGAAGAAAUGGGUUUCUGGGGAAUUGAAGUUAAACCUGGAAAACCACACCCUUAUCAUUCUGACAAUGUUCGGGGAAAGCUUCACAUUACUCAGGCAACUUUAGGCCUUGGAUCAUUUAAAGAAAGGUCUGUACUUCAGUGUUCUGUCGGACACAAGAGUCCGAUCAUCCUGUGUUCCUUGUUACCAAAUCAGAAUGAGACUUGCGCCUUAGAUCUUAAAUUUGAUGAAGAUGAUGAUUUAGUUGCUUUCUCAGUAAUUGGCCCUCAAAGCAUCCACCUCUCUGGUUACUUUGUUGCUGAUGAUGGAGAUCACCUACGAGAUGAAUAUGAGUCUGAUUCUUAUGGGGAGGAUAUUGCUGAGACUGAGACUGAGUCCGAAGAUGAGUCCUCUGAUUAUGAUUCUGAUGAGGAGUAUGGAGAUGAUUUCAUAGAUGAUGAUGAUCUUGAGUUCUUCCGUCCACCUGUCCCAAAUAGUGGAGUUGUAAUCGAGGAGAUCAUGGAUGAUGAAAAACCUACAAAAGGAAAUGAGGAAUCUAAACGAUCCAAGAGAAAGAAUAAAUUGACUGGCUCUGAGGAACGAAAGAACUCACAGGGUCAACUUAUUGUCAAGAGAGGUGCUGGUGUGACAGAUUUGGAAACUGAAGAUGAAGAUGGCUUUCCAGUUUCUGCUUCACAAAAAAGCGAAGAUGCUAUUGAGCAGCCUCAACCAGAAACCGAGGAACUGAGAGAAAAUUUAACUAAAGAAGACAAGAAGACAAGAAAAGAUAUUAGUGAAAAGAAACGAAAAGUUAAAAACACUGAUGAAGAAGGGGGGAAAAAGAAGAAGAAAAAGAAGCAAAAAGGAAAGGAUACAGAUGACAUCAAUGGUUUACCGGGUGAUGAAGUUCAGCUUGUCAAGGAAGAGAGCCAGGAUUCAGAUAAGGUAAUGCCUGUUGGAAAAGAACAAGAUCAUCUCCAUAGUGAUCGGGCCCUUGGUUCUGAACCAGACAUUGUGCCUGGUGAGAACCUCUCUGAGAAGAAAAAGAAGAAGACCACCCAAGGGAAUCAAGUAAGUGCAAAUGCAUCAGUUUCACAAAGUGGAGAUAAGGAUACUUCCACUUUGAAGUCUGAAGAGAAACAAACUGCUGGCAAAUCUUCUCAAGUGAGAACCUUUCCGAAUGGAUUGGUUGUCCAAGAGUUAGCAAUGGGCAAACCAGAUGGUAAAAGAGCAUCCCGUGGGAAGCAGGUUAGUGUCCAUUACAUUGGGAAGCUUCAGAAGAAUGGAAAAAUUUUUGAUUCCAAUGUGGGAAGGGCCCCCUUUAAAUUUCGCCUAGGCGUAGGAGAAGUCAUCAAAGGAUGGGAUGUUGGUGUCGAAGGCAUGCGUGUUGGGGAUAAAAGAAAACUCGUAAUUCCACCAGCAAUGGGUUAUGGUUCUAAGGGUGCUGGCGGUAGGAUACCUCCGAAUGCAUGGCUCGAGUUUGAUGUUGAGUUGGUUGGAGUUCGGUGAUUAGUCUAGCCUCUACUGAGCUAUGAAUUAUUAUUUUUUUACUGCUUGAGUGAUCAUCAAUGAGCAAGAAAAGAAAACAGUAUCUAAUUGUGUUGCAAUUUUAAAUUUCAUCCAAUAUUGUCCUAAUUGAAUUUUUCUGCAGAAAGUAGUGAUUUGUGUCUACUGCAUAGAUCAAAUUUUGUUCGUUUGUGCCAUUAUUUGUGUUUAUGUUUAGUAAGAACUAAGAAAAUGGAGGGUUUCUUUUAGUAA